AGCCAUAACUAUAUGUUAAGGAUUUGUUUUAUAUUAGGUGUAGUUAUAUUUUGUAUAAAUGUAUAUUUCUGUGUUUUAUUUUAUAUAACGUGACUUUUAAGUGUUGCGAAGGCGGAGCUAAUAGGAAGUAGAAUUACGAAGAAGAUAAGUUGGUGCUGGACAGUCUUUUGACCGUGAAAAAGUGGAAUAGAAUAAUUUGAAACUGGAAUAAGUAUUUGUUUUUUGAAUAAGUUUGUUUUUCAUAUUUCGUGUUCUGACUACAAGAAAAGUAAACAGUUAAGCAACGAUUCACGCGUCAAAUCCUUUGUGCAUCAACAAUGUGGAAAUGGUGAAUAAAGAAUUUUAGAUUGGAUCGCCAUUACAUUUAGUCAAAAGACUACUUCACAUUGGAAUUGCGUGAAGCUAUAACAGGAUUUCUGGAAAUGGAACAUUAUAGAUGCGGUGGAAGCGAAGCAAAAAGUGGAUGACGACGGACGAAAGUGAAAGCAAAGAAGAGUCAGAAGAAAUUGCUGACCCAGAUAAAGAUGGCCAGAAGAGGGAGCCCAAGUACACGCAAAAGGCACUGGAGGAGCGUUUGAAUAGGCUCGUCAAUUUAAGAAAGUCAAAAAUGGCUCAAAUUACCAUACAAAUGAAAGAAAUUGACAAGUUAAAAGAAAAUGAUGAAAAUGUGGAAAAAAUUAAACAAGAAGUUCUUUCUACUCUUACUAAAUUGUAUCAGGAGUUCAUGGAGUUAAAUGAAAAGCUACAAGAGCUUUUGCAGGAUGAGGAAAAGGAGGAUGAUCAGCGAAUCUGGUUUGAGCCCAAAUCAUCAAACAUCAGAGAUUUUAUUCUUACUACUGAACAGUGGAUUGAACAUGUAAGGAAUGCAAGUGCUGCUAAAAAUAAGGAAAUUUCUCCAAGUGAUAGUGUUUCUGAAGUGGCUUCUGUUGUGAGAAAAAAGAGUAGAACAGGUUCAUUAGUUGGACGUAGUUCUGUUGCCUCAUCAAACACCAGUUCAAGUUCAAUGUUGAGAAUGAAAGCAGAGGCAGAGAAAGCUGCCCUGUUAGCUAAAGCUGCUGCUUUAAAAAAGAAACAAGCCUUACAGAUAGAAGAAGUAAACCUAAAAAGUAGGUUGGAACAAUUAGAACUGCAGACAGCAAUUGCAAUUUCUAAUGCAAAACUGAAAGUGUAUGAGGAACAUGAAAGUUCUGGUGGAUCAGUGCAAGGAUGUGUACAACCAAAACAAGUAAUACAAGAAAGAAAGUCAGAAUUUAAAAAAGAUCCUGAUGAUGAUGACAGAUAUGAUGUUACAUCUGCAACAAAAGGAGAUCAAACACCUACUACCAAUCAACUUCGACUGCACACUAGUGUUGCUUCAAAUUUUCCAAAAUCUGAAAAUACAGAGGAUAAUUUGUUUCAAAUAAUGAAAAGACAAAAUGAAAUCACACAAAUGCUGGUAAAACAACAAAAUCUUUCACAACUACCUCAAAGAGAUGUUCCAGUCUUUCGUGGUGAUCCUCUUGACUUCAUAGCAUUUAUGCGAGCCUUUGACAAUAGCAUAGACAGCAAAACAGAGAAUGCUAAAGACAAACUGUUUUAUUUGGAACAAUAUACUUGUGGUGAGCCCCAAGACUUGGUAAGGAGUUGCGGACAUAUGAGUGUAGAAAAUGGAUACAAGGAAGCAAGAAGAUUGUUGCAACAUCAUUACGGUGAUGAACUCAAAAUAGCCUCAGCAUACAUUGAGAAAGCACUGAAAUGGCCUCAAAUCAAAUAUGAAGAUGGGAAGAUGCUAAGUGCAUAUGCUCUUUUCUUAAUUGGAUGUCACAACACAAUGCAGGAUGUAGAUUAUAUGGCUGAGAUGGACAACCCUACCAACAUGAGGGUUAUUAUAUCCAAACUUCCCUACAAAAUGAAAGAAAAUUGGAGAAACGUGGCAUAUGAUAUCCAUGAAAAGACAGGUAGAAGAGCAAGAUUUGGAGACUUAGUGCAAUAUAUCGACCGUCAAGCCAAAGUGAAAAAUGACCCAUUGUUUGGAGAUCUCCAUGAGCUAGCAAGUGCUGACAUGAGCAAGAAAAGCAAAGCUUCUGACUUUAAACAAAAACAUGUUGCAACCAAGGGAAGUAGUUUUGUUACAAGUGCUUGUAUUGAAACAAAAAGAGAUAAGGAGACAAAUAGAGUAAGAAAACCUCAAGUUGACAAAGCAGAUCAGGCCACAUGUAUUUUCUGUCAGAGGAAUCAUGCCUUAAAUUCUUGCUUCAAGUUUAAAGAACAAGUACACAAGGACAAAAUUGAGUUUUUGAAAAUGAAAGGACUGUGUUUUGGAUGUCUCACACAAGGACACUUAAGCAAAGAUUGCAAGAAAAGGCUUACUUGUCAAGAAUGUUCCAAGAUGCACCCAAGCAUUUUGCACAUUACAAAUGAAAACAGUUUCCCAUCUGGCAAUUCUGAGGAGAACAAAACUAGCACAAGAACCACUUCCACAGAACAUGAGACUUGUGGAUACACUGGGGCCGGAAACGGCGAAUGCAUUCUUGCUAUAGUUCCAGUGAAGAUAAAAUCAAAGAAAAGUGACCAAACGGUAAAGACAUAUGCCUUCAUUGAUCAAGGAAGUUCGGCAACAUUUUGUACCGAGUCUUUAAUGAGAGAUCUGAAUUUGAAAGGCAGAAAGACGGAGAUUCUUCUUCGUACAAUGGGACAAGAAAAACCUGUACAUAGUCACAUUCUGUCAGACCUGGAAAUAAGCGGUUUGGAAAGUGAAAACUAUAUAGAACUGCCUAAAGUAUUUACUCAGAAAGAGAUUCCAGUAAAACAGGAAAAUAUCCCUCAACAACAGGACUUGGAAAAAUGGCCAUAUUUAAAACAAGUAAGGCUUCCUCAUCUCAAAGCGGAGGUAGGCCUGUUGAUUGGUGCUAAUGCACAUAGAGCUACAGAACCAUGGCAAAUAAUAAAUAGUGUAGGAAGCGGACCUUACGCUAUCAAGACAGCACUUGGAUGGAUAGUUAAUGGACCUUUGCGAACCGACGUGAAUGCAGAUUACGAACAGAACAGAACUCUAAAUUUCAGUGUGAACAGGAUUUCAGUAGCAGACAUCGAAACGCUGUUGGUAGAACAAUUCAAUGCUGACUUCCCAGAACGCAACUACAGCGACAAAACUGAAAUGUCACACAACGACCUGAGAUUUUUGCAGUCUGUUGAACAGUCAGUACAACUUAAGGAUGGACAUUACUAUAUUGCAUUACCCUUUAAGAGUCAUCCUGUCAAUAUGCCCAAUAACAAAUGCAUUGCAGAACAAAGAGCUAUUGGUCUAAAAAGAAAGCUCAGCAAGAAUCCAGACUUCCACAAAGACUAUAAGUCGUUCAUGGCAGACAUAAUUGAAAAGGACUAUGCUAAAAAAGUCCCUUCAGAACAACUGCAACGUGCAGACAGAGUGUGGUAUAUUCCACAUCAUGGGAUAUAUCACCCAAAAAAGAACAAAAUAAGAGUUGUUUUCGACUGCACUGCAACCUACCAAAACGUCUCUCUGAAUAACCAGCUGUUGCAGGGACCAGACCUGACUAACACUCUCAUUGGUGUUCUGAAUCGUUUCAGGCAAGAACCCAUUGCUAUUAUGGCAGACAUAGAGUCAAUGUUCUACCAAGUAAGAGUUCCAGACAAUGAUUCUGAUCUUUUGCGAUUUUUGUGGUGGCCUGAUGGGGAUCUUACUAAGCCUGUAGAGGAAUACAGAAUGAAGGUGCACCUGUUUGGAGCCACCUCAUCUCCCAGUUGUGCAUGCUUUGCACUGCGAAAGACCGCAAUUGACGGAAAAACAGAGGAAACAGCUGAAGCUGCCAACACCAUUCUAGAAAACUUCUACAUGGACGACUGCUUAAAAUCUGUCACCUCUGAGGAUGCAGCAAUCAAACUAUCACAAAGUUUGAAAUCUCUAUGCUCUAAAGGCGGAUUUCAUCUGAAUAAGUGGGUAAGCAAUAGUAGAGCAGUCCUGUUGUCAUUUCCAGAAGCAGAGAGAGCAAAAGAGAUUCGGGACUUGGAUUUCAACAAGAACAAUCUACCAGUUGAAAGAGCUUUAGGAGUACGUUGGUGCACAGAAUCUGAUACAUUCAAAUUCUUUAUAAAUGUACAAGACAGACCUGCAACAAGAAGAGGAAUGCUUUCAGUUGUGAACUCUAUAUACGAUCCCCUUGGUCUAGUAGCACCUUGUAUUCUUCCUGCAAAGCUCAUUCUGAGACAACUGUGCCAGGACAGGAUAGGAUGGGAUCAGAACAUGCCGGAGAAGCAGGCACUGAAAUGGGUUUCGUGGCAAAACGACAUACAACAGCUGUCAGACUUCAAAGUAAGCAGAUGCUUCAGGCCAGACAAUUUCGGACACAGUAAGUCUGCUCAGUUACAUCAUUUCGCAGAUGCGAGUGAAAAUGGAUACGGAACCGUUUCUUAUUUAGUACUCACCAAUGAACAGGAACAAAAGCACUGUACAUUAGUAAUGGCAAAAUCCAGAGUUGCGCCUCUGAAACAAAUUACAAUACCCAGAAUGGAGUUGACUGCAGCAGUCGUUGCAGCAAAAAUGGACCGAAUGCUAAAACAAGAGCUGCAGUUAAGUCUUAAAUGCUCUGUGUUUUGGACAGAUAGCCUUACAGUACUACAAUGUAUUGAGAAUGAAUCCUCAAGGUUUAAAACAUUUGUUGCCAAUCGGGUUUCGUUCAUCAGAGAAGCUUCUGAGCCCUCACAGUGGAGAUAUGUUAGCUCUUCACUGAACCCAGCAGACAUGGCAUCCAGAGGCAUAAAAGUGGAACACUUUAUGAAAAAGAAAGAUUGGAUACAAGGACCAGAGUUCAUUUGUAAACCUGAGAGUGAAUGGCCAUCGCGACCAGACAAAUCAUGUGCAAUAGAGGUUGAAUUGAAAAAGCCAGUUGUAGUUAACUGCAUCAGUGCUACAGGAAAAGCAAACCCUCUGGAUAAACUGAUUGAGUAUUAUUCAGACUGGUACAGAUUGAAGAGAGCAAUCGCAUGGAUGUUAAGGCUCAAGGAAAUCCUUUGGCGGCUAUCAAAAAAGAGGCACGAAAUGCAAGCUACCAUAAGGCAAACUGAAAAUGAUCCGAGCAAACAACAAGAUCGUUUGCAAACUCAAAUGCUCGAGCUGAAACGGACAUUGACCAAAGAAUCUAUUUCAGUUGAAGAUCUGGAAAAGGCAGAACUCAGUCUUAUUCGUUACAGUCAAAAACAAACAUUUCCUGAUGAUUUCAAGUGUUUGCAGAACAGCAAAGGUGUCAAAAGAAGUAGUCCUCUGUACAAACUGGACCCUGUGGUGCAAGAUGGUAUCCUCAGAGUAGGUGGUCGUUUGAAUAAGUCUGCAAUGCCAGAAUCUGCUAAGCAUCCAGCGAUUCUUGAUAGAAAGCAACAUAUAACUUCUUUGAUUCUGAAGGAUAUACAUAAAAACACAGGACACAGUGGGAGAAAUCAAAUGCUUGCAAAGCUUCGAUGUAAGUUUUGGGUCUCAUCUGCAAACACAGCCAUACGAAAGCUGAUUUCUAAAUGCACAGUAUGUAGAAGAGUAAAUGCCAAAGUCAACGAACAAAAAAUGGCUGAUUUACCAAGAGAUCGUCUGUUGCCAGAUAAUCCUCCCUUUACACAUACAGGUGUAGAUUAUUUUGGUCCUUUCUUCAUAAAACGUGGACGCAGCAUGAUCAAAAGGUAUGGAGUGUUGUUUACGUGUCUUACGGUAAGAGCAGUUCAUAUAGAAGUGGCAAACAGUCUGGAUACUUCAUCCUGCAUAAAUGCCAUUCGACGCUUCAUCUGCAGGAGAGGACAGGUGUGUACAAUUCGAUCUGACAAUGGCACAAACUUUAUUGGUGCUGAAAGAGAGCUUAAAGAAGCUAUUCAAGAACUGGAUCAGUCAAAAAUAGAGGAAGUACUUGUACAAAAAGGAAUAAAGUGGAUUUUUAAUACUCCAACCGCAUCACAUCAAGGAGGAGUGUGGGAGAGACAGAUUCGUUCAGUACGAAAGAUUCUGAAUUCCAUAUUGAAUCAACAGGUGUUGGAUGAUGAGGGACUGUACACAAUUUUGUGUGAAGUCGAAGCCAUCAUAAAUGAUCGUCCAAUUACGAAAGCAUCGGAUGACCCAAAUGACUUGGAGCCCUUGACCCCAAAUCAUCUCCUGCUUAUGAAAAAACAACCAGUCUUGCCGCCAGGAGUAUUUAUCAGACAGGAUUGUUAUUCACGCAGAAGAUGGAGGCAAAUUCAAUAUAUGGCAGACCUUUUUUGGUCUAGAUGGACUAAGGAGUAUCUGCCAUUGUUACAGGAGCGACAGAAGUGGCAGAAGUUGAAUAGAAACUUGAUGCCAGGAGACAUCGUUCUCAUUGUGGAUAAUUCUGCUCCAAGAAACUCCUGGAUUAUGGGAAGAAUCCUCAAUACCAUACCAGAUGCUUCUGGUGUUGUUCGGCGUGCUUGUGUUCAAACAAAAACUUGUCAAUUGGACAGACCAAUCACAAAACUCUGCUUACUGCAGGAAGCAGAAGGUUAAAGUUAGCAUAAAGACUGUGUAUAUAGGUUAUAUGGACAUUAUAAGUUCUUUAAGAUCUAUUUCAAAGAAAAGGAAUCAGGGUUAUGACUCUAUAAAAAAGGAAUAAUUGUUAUGCUACCGGCAUAGACAAUUAGGGGCCGGAGUGUUAGAGCCAUAACUAUAUGUUAAGGAUUUGUUUUAUAUUAGGUGUAGUUAUAUUUUGUAUAAAUGUAUAUUUCUGUGUUUUAUUUUAUAUAACGUGACUUUUAAGUGUUGCGAAGGCGGAGCUAAUAGGAAGUAGAAUUACGAAGAAGAUAAGUUGGUGCUGGACAGUCUUUUGACCGUGAAAAAGUGGAAUAGAAUAAUUUGAAACUGGAAUAAGUAUUUGUUUUUUGAAUAAGUUUGUUUUUCAUAUUUCGUGUUCUGACUACAAGAAAAGUAAACAGUUAAGCAACGA